CUGUGUCCUUUCAGAUGUUGACUGUUCAGCACACGCACGCACGCACGCACAUCUGUGACGUUUGUCUGUGUUUAGCAAAACUGCUCUUGACAACGUCGGUGCUUCCGCUGAGAGGAUUUUAAAAUCGUGAUCUGCCAUAUGCUAUUUUUCCUCAUUAAAAUAUACAGCGAGUGUAUGAGGAAAUAUAUUGCAAUGCGUCUUCCGUUUUGAUGUUUGUAAAAAAAUAAAUUUUAGUGUGAAUGAAGCCCUAUGGAUCUUGCCUUAGGCACGUUACAGACGAAUUUUCUUUUCUUUUCUUUUUUUUCAGCGGAUUUUACGGCUGUAUUUUGUAUUUGAAUGUAAAGCUCUGGUUAAUGUAAUGAUCUCGAUUUACGGAUCGAGUGGUAGAUUAGCUGCAUUGCUGAUAUUCACGUUUGUCAGCGUGUUUGUAUUGUGUGAAUAUGUGAUUUAUUAUCCUGUUAUUCUGCGAUGCUCAUGGCCUCAUAUUGAGACUGUAAAUUCACAUUUACCUUUACGGGCGUUAUUUCUCUCCGAUACUCACUUACUAGGGGCCAUCAAAGGACACUGGCUCGACAAACUUAGAAGAGAAUGGCAGAUGGAAAGGGCGUUCCAGACAUCACUUUGGCUUCUAAAUCCAGAAAUUGUCUUCAUUUUAGGAGAUGUAUUUGAUGAGGGCAAGUGGAGCUCCAGUCAGGACUGGGAAGAUGAUGUCAGACGUUUUAAACGGAUCUUCCGUCAUCCUAGUGACACAGAGCUUGUGGUUCUUAUCGGAAAUCAUGACAUCGGCUUCCAUCACGAAAUGACUAAGCAGAAGUUGGAACGGUUUGAACAAGUGUUUAAUGUGACAUCAGCACGGAUCCUCACCAUUAAAGGAGUCAAUUUUUUGCUGGUGAAUAGUGUUGCAUUACAUGGCGAUCACUGCCCCAUCUGCCAACGUGUGGAAAAGGAGUUACACAAACUCUCACUUGCUCUUAACUGCUCAAUUCAGGGUGAGCAUCAUUAUGACCAGUGCAAGAACACAGAGAGUUUUGCCCCAGCAGCACCUGUUCUACUACAGCAUUACCCUCUAUAUAGAGUGAGUGAUGCCAUGUGUACAGGUGUAGACGCAGCACCUCUGGAUGAGCGGUACCAGCUAUUUCGGGAGCGUUAUGAUGUUAUAUCAAAGAAUGCCUCCAAAAAGCUCUUGUGGUGGUUCAAGCCCCGCCUAAUUCUCAGUGGCCACACUCACCAUGGCUGUGAGAUACUGCAUGAAAACCUCUAUCCCGAGAUCAGUAUCCCAUCCUUCAGCUGGAGAAAUCGCAACAACCCCAGCUUCAUCCUGGGCUUACCUACAGCCAUGGAAACGGCUGAAUUACUGUUCAACCAUGUCGUCAGGUACUUCAGCAUCCCAGAAGAUAUCGUAUCGGACCGAGGCCCCCAGUUCAUCUCCCGGGUGUGGAAAGCCUUCCAUUCCCUCCUAGGUGUGGCCAUCAGUCUGUCCUCCGGGUAUCACCCUCAAUCAAACGGGUAGACGGAGAGGAAGGUCCAGGAGAUUGGACACUUCCUCCGUACCUUCUGUCACGGCCACCAGAAUUCCUGGAAUCAAUUCCUGGGGUGGGCCGAGUACGCACAGAACUCCCUCCGCCAACCCACCACCGGACUCACUCCCUUCCAGUUCGUACUCGGCUACCAACCACCUCUAUUCCCCUGGUCAGGAGAACCCUCGGAUGUCCCCGCCAUCAACUACUGGUUCCGGGAGAGCGAGAGGGUCUGGGAGGCAGCACAUCACCAACUCCAACGGGCACUUCGCAGACGCAGGACGACAGCCGACCUUCACCGAUCCGAGGCUCCUAACUACCAACCCGGUCAGAAGGUCUGGCUGUCCACCCGGGACAUCCGCCUGCGUCUACCCUGCUGCAAGAUCAGUCCCAGAUUCAUUGGCCCAUUCACCAUCACCCAGCAGAUCAAUCCAGUCACCUACAAACUCCAGCUUCCCCCUGAGUACUGGAUUCACCCCACAUUCCAUGUGUCUCUCCUUAAACCUCACCAUCCUUCUGUCUCUCCCUCCACAGAAUCUGGCAAAGCCAAAGUCCCCCCUCCUCUCCUCCUAGAUGACGGUGCGGCCUACACAGUCAAGGACAUCCUGGACUCCCGGCAGCUUGGUGGGCAGCUGGAAUACCUAGUGGACUGGGAAGGAUACGGUCCAGAGGAACGUUCCUGGGUCCCACGUAACGACAUCCUGGAUCCCACCUUACUCAAUACCUUCCACUCCAAUUAUCCCAACCUACCAGCUCACAGGGGAAGAGGACGCCCACCACGUCAUCGGGGUCCCACGUCGGGGCCCCUCAGGAGCGGGCCGUGGGGAGGGGGGGUACUGUUACAAACACGCCAGGUUCCACCUCCACACAAUCACAACGCACACCCUCACCGGAAUUCUAAAUCACAUCCACCUGAAAUGGCUCAUUCGAAUUCUGCCGACGGUAUUCAGAAUAUGUGUUUUACCGAAAUAAAAUUGACAAACAGUAAGUCUAUGAGAAGGGGUUUAU